UUCUGUGUUUAUAUAUUCCUACAGCUUGCUCCAACUACAUGUUAUUAAGCCUUUGAGUAGAUUAGAGACCUUUCAUCUUCAUACAGAGAGAGAGAGAUGGAGCUGAGUCCACAUGGUUUCAUGGAGGAAUCGCUAGGUCCAAGGAGAGACAUAUGGGCUAGUUUUCCUCCUGGAAUCAGUGAUCAGUUCUUCUCCAGUGGAUUGAAUUUCAAUUCUCUUGAUGAGAAUCCAACUUUGGCUUCUUCAAAUCCUAAUUCUUUUCUGGGAUUUUCAUCUCCUACACAAAUACCCACCAUUGAAUGUAAUCCUUUUGUUGAUCCUCAAGCCUGCUAUUCUUUUGUUGAUGGAUUCACUAUUCCGGAGAUUGACUCUUCUUCAUAUAUGAAAAAUGAAACAUCUACAGCAUUCCCAGUUGCAGAAGAUCAGCAUUACUCUUCAGUGAUGGAGAAUGACGAGUUUGGUCUACUCAACACACACACUGAUCAUCAUCAUCACCAUUAUAAAAACAUGGAAGAAAGAGAACAACAACUUAACAACCUCGAGGUUUUCAACAUGGUUUCAUCUGCUGAGAAAAAGAACAACAAGUCUAAGAGGCAAGAAGGGCAGCCCUCAAAGAAUCUCAUGGCGGAAAGAAGGAGAAGAAAGCGCUUAAACGACCGUCUUUCAAUGCUCAGAUCAAUAGUCCCCAAGAUCAGCAAGAUGGACAGGACAUCUAUACUUGGAGAUACUAUUGAUUACAUGAAAGAACUACUGGAGAGGAUCAAUAAGCUGCAGGAGGAGGAGCCAGAAGAGGGUAAAAAUCAAAUUUUAGUAGCCAAUAACUUCAAGGAGGUAAGGCCAAAUGAAGCAUCAGUGAGAAAUUCCCCUAAGUUUGAAGUGGAUAGGAGAGAGAUUGAUACCCGGAUAGAAAUUUGCUGUGCACCCAAGCCCGGAUUGCUGCUAUCAACAGUGAGUACAUUAGAAGCACUGGGGCUUGAGAUUCAACAUUGUGUUAUUAGUUGUUUCAAUGACUUUUCAAUGCAAGCUUCAUGUUCAGAGGCGGCUGAGCAGAGGACAGUGAUAACUUCUGAAGACAUCAAGCAAGCCUUAUUCAGAAAUGCAGGCUACGGAGGAAGAUGCCUUUAGAGGAAGAAAGAGAAGGAAAAUAAGUCUCUUCUCUUGACAAAUCCUGAAGACAAAUUAUGCUUACUUCUAUGUUUUUCUUCAAGGAAUUGUGGAAGCCAGAAGUUGUAAUAAUAUUUUAGUGUUUUAAAUAAAAUUUGCUCAUCUAUCA